AGGAGCUCUCGCUUAUAUACACAAGUAGUAAGUGCAGGUGCUCUCUCGCGUAUAGAUAAGACCGCGUGUCGUACGAUACUCAACGGCUAGCUAAUUUCUUCGCUCCGUGUAUUUUUCCUAUUUUGGCUUUUUUUUUUUUUUUUCCUCGCUGCUGUGGAAAGUACUGCACUCUCGGUGCACGGCCAACCGGAGCGACAAUGGGCUGGUUCAGCAACAACUUUGGAAAUCCGCAGUACAUCAAGUACCUGCUCUUCGUGUUGAACUUUUUGUUUGUGAUCACCGGUAUAGUAUUGAUAGCAAUAGGAUCUUCAGUGACGAGCUCUUACUCUCCGUACCACCAUCUCCUCGAUGGCCAAUUUUUCUCCAUCCCGACACUACUGGUGACGAUCGGCAUAAUCAUCUUCGUCAUAGCCUUCUUCGGGUGCUACGGCGCCAUGAGAGAAAACUACUGUAUGAUCCUCACGUUUGCAGCUUUUAUGACAUUGAUCUUCGUCCUCGAGUUGGCGGCCGGGAUCUCGGGCUACGUUCUCAGAGGCAACGCCAGUGAAGUGGUCGAACACAGCAUGAAAGAAAAAAUGCCCAGUUACACCAACAACUCUGAAAUUUAUGAGUUUUGGGACAGGAUUCAGCGAGACUUCAAGUGCUGCGGUAUCCACGAAUCCAAAGAUUGGAUCAAAGCUUGGGAAAAGGCCCAGCGUAAAGAUUGGGUGGAGAGCAACGCACUGCCCCUGACUUGUUGCCAGAUCGAGGAUGGGCUCACUGGAAAUUUCACCUGCGCCAUAGGCACCAACACCACGGCUAUCCACGGAGUUGGCUGCGUGGACAAGAUCAUCCAUGAGGUUCGAGGGCACGCCUUGCAAUUGGGCGGAGUUGGAUUGGGCAUAGCUUUUUGUCAGGUGCUGGGUAUUUGGUUCGCCCUGUUCCUCGCCAAGACGAUCAAGAAAAAUUACCUGAACAUGUAAUCCAACGGUUGCUGUAACGCGACAAUCGAGUGACGUUUUUUGCAUGUACUCGUACGACGAUUGGAUUGUUUGUUUUCAACAUUUGGAAGAGCUAACAAUUUUGGACCGAGAAGAUUUUAACAAUUUUAACCGAUUUGGAUUUUUAUACUUUUUUUUGUUUUGUUUUAACGCUUAUAGGUACUUGUUAAAAAAUACAAGGUUUAGACAAGUUUUCUAUUUUUAACGAGAUUUUUAAUCAAUACCCCAUUAAUGGACAAGUAAUUCCUGUGGUGAACAAACAUACGAUCACGACUAUACUUUACACGUUUUUUCAAACAAUGUACGUCCGCCACAAAUAUAUAUGUAUAUAAUAUGUAAGCUGUUCAAAAAAUUACAAUACAGAUUCAUAAGUAUGUCUAUUUCUUCACGUGCACGAUCGUUUUUAUAUUCAUGUCACGUGCAAUUAUCUCAUGGUUGCUGCAUCUAAUCCGAUAUUUGUAUGAUAUAUUUAGAUUGGACGAUUUUUCGAAACUUUGUAAGGCUCUUGGAAAGUUUUGUAUCUCAAAUUCUGUACAAAUAAAAUGAAAUUGAAACAAAA